CCUGAGCAUGAUAGACACAUAUAGACACAUAUAGACAUAUAUGUUUAUAUAAAGACAGCUAUGGCCGUGGCAAGUAAGAAGGUUCUACAUCACAAGGAGCCCAAGUCACUCCACACCAGGUCAUUCCCCCCGGAAAAAAAAAAUUAUAAGCCACACUCUUUCGCAUCAUGUCUUCCCUCAAGCCGUCCGUCUUGCUUGCGGCUUUCCUCGCCAUUCCAUUUGUCUUCGCGGAAGACUGCAAGCCAGGCGGACCCUGCGUCAGCUACUAUCCGGAGGUAGGCUGUCUGCAGGAUUACAAACCUAACCCCGGUAGUUUCAAACCUAACCCCGGUAGUUCCGAACCGAAUGACGACAAUUGCUUCAAGUGGGAGAAUUUCAAAAGUGUAAAGCUCGAAGCAGACGGAGAGACAGAUGUCACUUGCCAGAUGUGGCAGAGCAACAAUUGCAACUCCGAUAAGCCCGCCUAUAUGAAGAAUACGCCAUUCGAAUGGAGGACAGACUUUGUGCCUCCUGACAAGAAGAAUAACGGGCUUAAGCGGGAAUUGUGUAUCAACCCCAGCAUGAACUUUCCAAAAAAAUCCCCAUUCCUCUUUGGGUCCAUGCGAUGUGUCGUUUAUGGGCGAAAUUCCGAGGGCAUGACGGUCGAUACCAAAGGUGCGGUAAAUCAGACGGAGUCUCUAAAUACAGCGCCAGUGCCGCCCACGUCCAAAGGGGGGGUUGCGCCGACAAAUGGUAUAUCCUCAGGCCCAGGCUCGCCCUCAACCCCGGGUAUGCCCCCAGGCCGACCAAUUGAGGACGCGCUUCGAAAAGGAGAAACAUCGUCCUUGGCACAAAAGGACUCAUCGUCAAUGAGUUCGGACGGGAGGUCAAUGUGGACAGGCCCAAAUCCUAUGAAUCCGUUGAACGGGGCUCCUGAUACGGCCACAAUGCCACAGAACGGUCAAUCGUCGCAAAACGGAUCCCCAGUGGCGCCACUCUUUAGAGGAUCCGCAGGGGCACGUUCGACGAGCCCAGAGUUGGGUAGUGUGAGCGAAGGUGGACGAGGUUCUACCCACGGGCAGCCCCCUAAUGUGUGAAUGAAAAUGAGG